AUGCUCUCUACCACUCGUUCUAGUACGCGUAUACUGGUCACGCGUCGAUAUGCGCGAGCUCUGGCUACGGAAGCGGUCUCAUCGUCUUCUGACUCUGCACCUCCACCGCCGCACACUCCCCGCACGCAGCCUAAGCGCACGCGACUCAAUCCUGCACCAAGACCGGCUCAAUCGCACCGACAUGAUCAACAGCCGUUCUUGAACCUCCCUCCUGGCUUUGCAAGAAAUCAACUAUUGCCUGUCAGCGAUAGCCGACGCGCGUUACUUGAGAGCAUCGUCGCGGAGUUUGACGCCCCGAUCCGAUACGCGUUCGCAUAUGGGUCUGGAGUAUUCGAGCAGGACGGUUAUGCAAAGGAGGGGGAAAUAGACAAGGGCAAAGAGCCGAUGCUCGAUUUUGUCUUCGCCGUUACACACCCGAGCCACUUCCACUCGAUCAACAUGAACCAGCACCCGGGCCAUUACGCUAUGCACGCGCGGUGGCUGGGUAGCGACUUUGUGUCGCGCGUACAAGACGUGUCGCCGGGACUCUGGUUCAACGCUUUCGUGCCGAUGAAAGGCGUGACCAUCAAGUACGGCGUGACGUCCGUCGACAAUCUCUGCAAGGACCUGUUGAAUUGGAAUACGCUCUAUCUUGCCGGGCGAAUGCACAAGCCUAUACGAAUCAUCAAGGACGACGCGCGUGUACGGCUGACGCAGCAAGUCAAUCUCGCGUCGGCCGCACGCGCCGCGUUGCUCACGCUGCCCGAGCGCUUCGACGAGAAAUCUUUGUUCGAGGCUAUCGCGGGUAUAAGCUACGCCGGCGACCCGCGUAUGAUGCUCCCUGCCGAGAAUCGAAGCAAAGUCGCGAACAUCGUCUCGAAGCAGUCCCCGCAAUUCCACGAGCUGUACCAUAGGCUUAUCAUGGGCAUGCCGGGAGUACACUGGCAGGGUGGCUCGGGCGCGAUUGAGCAGGAUGUCAGUCCGAAUGCGAGGGCGGCGCACUUGAAGAAGCUUCCCAGCGCGCUUUUGGGGAGGGUCAAGGCACAGUUCGCGAGGAGUCCGGAGAACGAGGAGAGCUCUAGCGUGUAUUGGCAGAAGCUCGCCGGCGAUGCACGGUUAACGGAGAUCAUCUCGAACGAGCUGCGCAACACGGUACGGGGGCCCGCGACGAUGCAGUCGUUGAAGGGUCUGGUCAGCAGCGGACCGACACAGAGUGCCCGCUACGUUGCUGACAAGGUCGGCAAGUGGUGGAAGGGAAGGCAACAGCAGACCUAG